AUGAGUCCACUAUCAACCAGCCAAGGGCGCUGGGUUCACACAUGGGCUAGCAUGCCAAUGCUCAUAGAUGGUGAUAACUUACCCCCCAAUGAUUUUAUACAAGAGGGUGUAGCCUUUCGUAAUACCACUAUUCGUCAAACAAUACGAAUGUCAAUUGGAACAGAAAACUUUCUGCGAAUCAGGCUAUCCAACGCAUUUGGAUCUGAGCCUCUUUCCAUAGCACAAACAACGCUAGCACUGGCGACUGAGAAUCGGUCAGGAAUCCCAGGAAUUCAGCUUCAAACCAUACAGAAUGUCACUUUCGACGAAAAUGAAUCUACUACUAUUCCAGCUGGAGCCCUCAUGGUCUCUGAUGUCAUUAACUUUGGGUUUUCUCUACAGUCCCAGACCGUUUUAAGUAUCAGUAUCUUCAUUGAGGCCGGCCAUAACGCGCAAUGUAUCACCGCACAUCCAGGGAGUCGCACCACAUCGUACUUCAUCAAGGAAAAUCGUGUGCUUGAGGGGGAUUUCAAUCGCCUUAAUGUCAAGCAGACUGAUCACUGGUAUUACAUCAGUGGUGUCGAGGUCUUUGCGCCGCGGGAUACGCGAGCCUUUGCUAUCAUUGGAGAUAGCAUUACGGACGGCAGAUGUAGCCUUACCAAUGGCGACACCAGAUGGCCAGAUAUUCUAUUUAGACGACUGCAAGCUAGUACAUCCAAGAUAUAUACUUCCCUUGCCAUCGUGAAUCAAGCGGCCGGAGGCAACCGCAUGAUGGAUUAUGGACUUGGACCCAGCGUGUUGAGCAGGCUAGAUAGGGAUAUUAUAUCUCUUUCCGGUGUCAGCUCUGUUCUAUUAUUUGAAGGUGUUAACGAUAUUGGCAUGGCACCCGCCGACUCUUAUAGCCAAGAGAACUUGAGCAAUCGGCUAGUUGCAGCGUAUAAACAAGUUGCUACCCGGCUGAGAGCGCAUGGCGUUGCGGUCUUUGCAGCAACUUUAACACCGUUCAACCUGCCGCUAGACAUCAAAGAGCAUGAGAACGCCCCCGCCACAUCUUAUUGUGAUCCAGUUCGGGAGUCUACGAGACAGGUCAUCAACAACUGGAUUCGCACGAGCGGCAUCUUCGAUGCUGUGGUUGACUUUGAUGAGAUCUUGCGGGACCCAGCUGAUCAUUCGCUGCUGAAGAGAGAGUAUGACUCAGGAGACGGAUUACACCCUAAUCAAAGUGCAUUUUAUGCUAUGGCAGACUAUUUUCCUAUUCAUGUUUUUGAGAAUCUAUCCUAG